AUGGACCACUUGUCUUUGAGAAGAGACUCAUCGCAAAUGGCAGAGAACAACCCCGACGUAAUGAACGAAUUGGCAACAAAGUUGGGUCUAUCAUCAGAGCUCCAAUUUUACGAUGUCUAUUCCCUGGAUGAACCCGAACAACUCGCACAUAUCCCUCGACCUGCCAUGGCUCUGCUCGCCAUCAUUCCACGUACACCGGCUUGGGAACGAGAUCGCGAGGCCGAAGAUGCCAACAAAGAACCCUACACUGGCUCCGGCCCAGACGAGCCGGUCAUCUGGUUCAAGCAGACCAUCGGCCACGCCUGCGGCUCGAUUGGUCUGCUCCAUAGCUUGGUCAACGGCCCGGCCGCCGACUAUAUCAAGCCUGAUUCCGAUCUCGCGGCGAUACGCAGCCUCGCCAUACCGCUGGACAUGACCAAGCGCGCCGAAUUGCUGUACAACAGUGAGCCAUUCGAACUUGCUCACAAGUCGGUCGAGCAGACCGGCGACAGCUAUGCAGAUCCGACGCGGGAGCGUAAUGGUGGGCAUUUUGUGAGUUUUGUCAAGAGCGGUGGGAAGCUCUGGGAGCUUGAAGGGUCGAGGAAGGGUCCUCUGGAGAGAGGAAUUCUUGCUGACGACGAGGACGUUCUCAGUCCGCGAGCGCUUGACAUGGGCUUGAAGAGGAUCCUCAAGUUGAACGCGGAUGGAGGAGAGAAGAACCUUCUUUUUAGCUGCAUUGCUUUGGCUCGCAGGCCUUAG